AUGCCAGAGGUGAAGAGCAUGAUGGAUGAUGAUCAUGAUAUCGCCGUCAUGGACUUGAUGAAGAGAAUGCCAGGGGAAGAGAGCAUGUUGGGUGAUGAAGAUGAAGAUGACAACACCGACAUGGAAUCGAUGGAGGAGAAAGCGCUGAAUGGUGGCGCCCCCGCUGUAGCCAGGCUAAACAUGAGAAAAAAAAACACGAGGGAAAAUGAGGAUGCUGGCGCCAAUGAAUGUGAAGAUGGUGACGAGAUGAAACACGCCUCGAGUAAAUCACUGCAUGACGAGACUCACGACUGCAGCAAUUAUUCUGACGCAAGGAAUGAAGAAGCAGCAGGUGCUAUUACUGAUUAUGACGAUCAAGUGGAAGAGGCGGAGUGA